AAAUAAAUACACACAUGUAUUUUUAAACCUAUAAAUAACUCCAUUGAUUCCCCAUGAAAGAGAAAAGAUUCAUACAAGAAAGUACAACCAUAUAGUCUCCACAACUUCCUUGAUUUCUCAUACCUAAUAGUGAGAGAGAAUUGAGAACCCUUGUCAUCUUAUAAGCCAAUUGUGUCAAUCUCUAACCAACAUUUAUCUUGUGGUAGAGAUUUAUUCUUUUGUUAUCUCUUCUUGAUUCUUACCCUUAAAAAGUACAAAAAAAUCCAAUCUUUCAAUUUUUAAUCUAAUUUUUUCUUUAAAAACCCUUAAAAGAUACCUCCUUUAUUACUUGGGGGUACUCUUAACAUACCCAAAAGACCAAAAUCACUCAACAAUGGCAAGUUGGGUACUUUCACAAUGUGGGAUUAAACCUCUCCCAAAAAAUUACCCAAAACCCAUAUCAAGAUUUUCCUCAAAUCCCAUUAAAAUUAGGUUUUCCCCUGUUUUUUCCUCAGAUCUAAACCCAUCUUCAUUGUUGAUUUCUUGUUGUUCAAAACCCAAUUCAAAAUCAUUUUCUAAGGAUAAAAAAUGGGAGGUUAAGGUUAGUGCCCCUUUAAGGGUAAGUUCCCCUCCUUUUGAAGAAGAAAACGAUGAUAACUUUAUUAAUGGGGUUGAUGAAUUUGACCCUGGUGCACCACCUCCAUUCAAAUUAGCUGAUAUUAAGAAUGCAAUUCCAAAACAUUGUUGGGUAAAAGACCCUUGGAAAUCUAUGAGUUAUGUUGUUAGAGAUAUUGUUGUUGUUUUUGGAUUGGCUGCUGCUGCUUCUUUCUUUAAUAAUUGGCUUGUUUGGCCUCUUUAUUGGAUUGCUCAAGGCACCAUGUUUUGGGCUCUCUUUGUUCUUGGUCAUGAUUGUGGACAUGGAAGCUUUUCCAACAAUCAUAAGCUUAAUAGUGUAGUUGGUCACUUGCUUCAUUCUUCAAUCCUUGUUCCAUAUCAUGGAUGGAGGAUUAGUCAUAGAACUCACCAUCAAAAUCAUGGGCAUAUUGAGAAUGAUGAAUCAUGGCACCCAUUGUCUGAAAAAAUAUAUAAUAGUUUGGACACUAUGACAAAGAAGUUAAGGUUUACCAUCCCAUUUCCCUUGCUUGCAUACCCAAUUUAUCUGUUUGCUAGAAGUCCUGGAAAGUCAGGCUCACAUUUCCAUCCUGAUAGUGAUUUGUUUACUCCAAAUGAGAAGCAUGAUAUUGUAACCUCCACAGCUUGUUGGUCAGCAAUGGUUGCAUUGCUUGUGGGGUUGUCUUUUGUCAUGGGCCCUAUUCAGUUGCUCAAGCUCUAUGGUGUCCCUUAUGCGAUAUUUGUCAUGUGGUUGGACUUGGUAACUUACUUGCAUCACCAUGGUCAUGACGAUAAACUUCCAUGGUACCGCGGUCAGGAAUGGAGUUAUCUUCGAGGAGGGCUUACAACGCUAGACCGAGACUAUGGAUGGAUAAACAACAUCCACCAUGACAUUGGUACUCAUGUCAUUCAUCAUCUUUUCCCACAAAUUCCACACUAUCAUCUUAUUGAAGCAACCGAGGCAGCAAAGCCCGUUCUUGGGAAAUACUACCGAGAACCCAAGAAAUCCGGACCUCUGCCUCUAUACUUAUUUGGUGUUCUCGCAAAUAGUUUUAAGAAAGAUCAUUAUGUUAGUGACACCGGAGAUGUUGUCUACUACCAAACCGACCCUAAUCUGUAGUCUUACCGAAGAGUUGCAGAAAAUUGAUUCUUUGGGAUCGUUCCCUUGAUGUCUGAUAAAGGAAGGAUCCGAGUAGUUUUGUUAUUAGUAACUAUACUUAUGACCGAGUAAAGGCAAACAAAAUUUCGUCGAGAUUCACCAACAAUUUCGAGUUUCGCAUGUACGAAAGAGUGGUUCAAUGAAGAUGGAUUGCAUUGUCAUGUUGUGUACAAAGCUUAUUUAUAGGUUUGAUGGGGGAUGAUUAUGCAAAUUAUAAGUAUUGUAAUUGUUUGUGUUAAUCAUUCUUUAUCAUACAUUAUUUGCACAUCUAUUGUAUAGAUUAUCACUGAUUUUCUGUCAAGAACUACUCAUUAAGUGUUGGUGAAUAACUAAUAAAUAACAAGUUUAGAAAA